AUGGUCAGGGUUCGAGCAUGUUCAACGGUUCGAGGAUAUAAAUGUGCUGGUCACAAUAAGGAAUUCCAAUCAUGUGAUUCGUCUCUGUUGCGCACUCCACAGAGGCCAGCUGGUUCGGAUGUUGAUGUCGUUGAUCCUUACAGCGAGGAUCGGCGCUUAGCUAUGAAACAACUGUAUCAAGACUAUGAAGUGGAAGUGCCGGAAGCAGAAAAAGGUCCCACUCCCACAAAAAUUCGUCCAGCAUCUCCUGUCGAGCCGCGCGAGCCAAUCGUUAUAGCACAGUAUGCAAGACGAUAUCCACAGCCUCCGGGCAAUGAAGGACUUCAUGUUAUACCUCCCGGAAGCGGAAAGAGUGUCGAACUUCUACACGAUACCAAUGAGCGAGCUCCUGUUGGUGAAGUCCUCCUUACCACUACCGAACCGAUCUUUUCGUCAACUACGAGUCCUACCACGACUUCCACUACGGUAACUGAGACCACACCGACGACGACGGCUGAAAGAACUACCACUACUGAGCCAUUCAAGCCAUUCACUGAGCCAGUUCUCUACUACGCAUCAACUGAUGAACCUCCUAGCAGUGUUGAAGCUGCCCUACCAGAAAGGGUCGAGCCGCAGUUGCCAAACAAUCAGGACCCUAAUAUUUCGGUCUCGUUUGGUAGAGAGCAGCUAUCCAUCCAGGGGUUGGAUGAACAGUUUCAGGAAGACGAAGAAGCCGAGACAGACAUGAGCGUGGACGAGUUCUUAUCCCCAUUUACCGAUACUGCGUCAUCAACGUUUACUCCAUUCACAACGACGGAAUCUCAAACUACAACGACUACCAUAGUAACCACCACAGUUCCUCCUCCAGUUCCUCUUCAGCAAGUCCUGGGCAUAAGCAGACAAAAGCCACAGAUGGCAGCAAACAUUAAACCAACCAGCUUUGUCGUCAGCGCUGUUCAAGUCCCUGUGAAAAAUGUCGUCGCAGCUUCAGAGCCGAUAAAUCUCGUGCCAAAUUCUCCAUCCUCCGAAUAUGAGAAAGAAAGUCUUAGAGGAAAACAGAGUCGUCGGCAACGAUUAAAAAAACUGAACAGGAGAGCAAAGCUGAGGCCUUUGACAGUGGCUACGCACUCAGGAGGCCAUUUUAUUCAGGUAAAAACUGUCAAACUUUAA